CUGUCACAAACUCUUGUCAGUGUCCUCAUUUUUGUCUGCACUUUUGCAGGCCUCUUUUCUUUAAUAUUCACAUAUUCUCAUUUCCAACUUUGCUUUUUCCACCAUUGUUGUAGAGAUAAGCAUUUUGCAUAUUCUCUCUAAUAAUGGGUACCAAAUGGUUCUUGCUUUUUUUUGUGUUGUUUUUUGUAUCCAAGACUGGAUAUUGCAGUGUCACUUAUGAUAGAAAGUCUCUCAUUAUCAAUGGACAAAGAAAAAUUCUUAUAUCUGGUUCCAUUCAUUACCCCAGAAGUACUCCUGAGAUGUGGGAGGGGAUUAUACAGAAAGCAAAAGAUGGAGGAUUGGAUGUUAUUGAAACCUAUGUGUUUUGGAAUCUUCAUGAACCUUCACCUGGCAAUUACAACUUUGAAGGACGUAAUGAUUUAGUUCGAUUCAUAAAGCUGGUUCAGAAGGCAGGGCUCUAUAUGCAUCUUCGAAUUGGGCCUUAUAUUUGUGGAGAGUGGAAUUUUGGUGGUUUUCCUGUAUGGUUGAAGUAUGUUCCUGGUAUCACCUUUAGAACUGAUAAUGAACCUUUCAAGAGGGAAAUGCAAAGAUUCACCACGAAAAUUGUCCAAAUGAUGAAGAAUGAGAAGCUAUUUCAGACCCAAGGUGGUCCUAUCAUUCUGUCUCAGAUUGAGAACGAGUAUGGGUUAGAAAUUAAGAAAUACGGUGCUCCUGGUCAUGCGUACAUGACUUGGGCGGCUAAAAUGGCUGUUGAAAUGGGUACCGGGGUCCCAUGGAUUAUGUGCAAGGAGGAUGAUGCCCCUGAUCCAGUGAUAAACACCUGCAAUGGUUUUUAUUGUGAUUACUUUUCCCCUAACAAACCCAACAAGCCAACGAUAUGGACAGAGGCAUGGAGUGGCUGGUUUGAUGAUUUUGGCGGUCCAGUUCAUCAUCGACCAGUCGAAGAUUUGGCCUUUGCAGUUGCUCGGUUUGUUCAAAAAGGAGGCUCUUUAGUGAAUUAUUAUAUGUAUCACGGGGGAACCAACUUUGGAAGAACAGCUGGAGGGCCUUUCAUCACUACCAGCUAUGACUAUGAUGCUCCUAUUGAUGAAUAUGGUUUGAUUAGGCAGCCAAAGUAUGACCAUUUGAAGGAGCUUCAUAAGGCUAUCAAGUUAUGUGAACCAGCACUGAUUUCUGCUGAUCCUACCAUUACUGCUUUAGGGAACUAUGAACAGGCACAUGUAUUUUCUUCCGGUGGACAUUGUGCUGCUUUUCUUGCAAAUUACCAUUUGAAUUCAAAUGCAAGGGUGACUUUUAAGCACAAACAUUACGACCUGCCACCUUGGUCAAUAAGCAUUCUUCCAGACUGUAAAAAUGCUGUAUUUAAUACUGCCAAGGUUGGAGUUAAGACAUCCACUGCAAAAAUGCUGCCCACAAACGUACAACUGCGCUCUUGGGAAACAUUUAGCGAAGAUGUAUCCACCAUUGAUGCGGAUUCAAAGCUCACUGUUGUUGGUCUUUUGGAGCAAUUAAAUGUUACCAGGGAUGCAAGUGACUACCUUUGGUACACCACUAGUGUUGAGAUAAAUUCAGCUGAAUCAUUUCUACAUCGAGGGCAACAUCUGACUCUUACUGUGAAGUCAGCAGGCCAUGCCUUACAUGUGUACAUAAAUGGACGGCUUUCAGGUUCAGUAUAUGGAAACCGAGAAAACAGUAGAGUUACAUUUACAGGAGGUGUUAACAUGCAUGCUGGAAUAAACAGAAUUUCCCUACUCAGUGUAGCUGUUGGAUUGCCGAACAACGGAGCACGUUAUGAGACAUGGAACACAGGAGUCCUUGGACCAGUUGUUCUUCAUGGGCUAGACAAGGGUCCAAGAGACUUAUCGUGGCAGAAAUGGUCAUAUCAGGUGGGGUUGAGAGGUGAAUCCAUGAACUUGGCUUCAAAUGCCAUAUCUGCUGCUGAAUGGGUGGGAGGCUCUUUGAUAGCAAGGCAACGACAACCGCUUACGUGGUACAAGGUAUAUUUCAAUGCACCAAGAGGAAGUGGUCCAUUAGCACUGGACAUGGGUAGUAUGGGAAAGGGUCAAGUAUGGAUCAAUGGGCAGAGCAUCGGAAGAUACUGGACCGCUUAUGCCACUGGACACUGCAGCCCUUGCACUUAUGCAGCAACAUAUCGACAAGGAAAGUGCCAAACUGGUUGUGGCCAGCCAACACAAAGAUGGUACCACGUUCCUCGAUCUUGGUUGAAGCCAACUGGAAACUUGCUGGUAGUUUUUGAGGAGAUAGGUGGGGAUGCAUCAAGGAUUUCUCUUGUCAAAAGGUCAAUUACAUAUGUAUAGAUAGAUAUGAUAUUCUUUAGGUACCACUAUUUAGAUAGUAAAGUUUGGUGUGAGCUUUAUCUCAUAGAAGAAAAAGAGUUUUAUGAAAAGCUCUUAUGCUAGUUCUUUUUGGGCAAUAAUUAGUAGCUCAUUUGCUUUUGAACAUUCAUUGUUCAAAAUGUAGGCUGCUGUGUCACUGCUUGUCUUCCUCAUUGAUGUAUAUAUUUAGAAGUUAUUGUUGGAAAAAACAACUCGGUUUGCUUCA